GAUCCCAGGCUCGCUCACAGAUCCAGGAUUCCAGUGUCUGCGAUCCCAGGCUCGCCCACAGAUCCAGGAUUCCAGUGUCUGCGAUCCCAGGCUCGCUCACAGAUCCAGGAUUCCAGUGUCUGCGAUCCCAGGCUCGCUCACAGAUCCAGGAUUCCAGUGUCUGCGAUCCCAGGCUCGCUCACAGAUCCAGGAUUCCAGUGUCUGCGAUCCCAGGCUCGCUCACAGAUCCAGGAUUCCAGUGUCUGCGAUCCCAGGCUCGCUCACAGAUCCAGGAUUCUAGAUUGAAGAUUUUCUGUUCUACAGAAUCAUUGUGAUAUUCAGAACCCACCACUGUGAGCUGUGAUCAGAGAGAGGAGGCUCCAGAUACAUUGGAACCAAGGAUCAAAUACUCCGAUUGGAAAUUAAUGGAAAUCUUCAGGCUCUUUGCAGUGCUUCACUGUAUUACUCUGUGUGGAGCAGCACUGUCAGCCUCCCCGAUCUCUGUCACUAAUCUCCGUGUUGGAGUAGAUGUUAGGUUUCCAAUCAAUUACCACAGUGAUGGGCAAUAUGAGGUGACAUUUAAACGCAAAUCUCCGGUCGGCUUAAAAGUGUUGGCUUGGAACUCGGAGAACCCAGAGACGCCAUAUCGGAUUCAUCCUCAGUAUAUACAGAGAGUUCGGUUCUACAGAGAUGGCUUUGUUGAGAUACAGGAUGUGCAAUUUGAUGAUGAAGGGGUGUAUGAGAUACAGACGGACUACCUGGGAGAUCAGCUGAGGGUCAAUGACCAGGAUCUGUUUGAGCUGCGUGUGUUUGAGCCUGUGUCCCAGCCGAUGGUUGUGAUCACUGGGAACUGUAACCUGAACUGUUCGGCUUCCAGUGGAACAGACGUUACCUGUCGCUGGAAAAGGCAAUCGGCUGAUGGUAUCGGCGAUGACACCUUUUAUGGAGCUGUGCUACCACUCGGCAACAUGAGUGAGCUGCAGUCCCACACCUACAGGUGCAUCGCAGAGAACCCAGUCAGUGUGGAAAUGAGUGGGCCUCUCACAAUGGAAAUGUGUGAUGGAGACGGAGACAGGGGGCCCAGAAACCGUUGGAUUUUCUUCCUCGUUCCUGCUUUCUCCCUGGUAAUACUCGUUUCUGCUAUUGUGCUGGGAAUAAAGAGAAAAGCAAGAAUCAGAAGCUCUAAACUGAACGGUGAAGGGCUUAUAAGAACCUGUUGAGAUGAGAGUUUCCUUGAAGGAAUGGAGUCUGAAUUGGUGAGAGAUCUGGAAUAUUCCUGUGUGAACUGGAACAUGUGCAGUGCUACAUACACACACACUCACUCAGCCACAUCACCAGCUUCCUUCACUACCCAACUCUACCUGGACUUUCUGUUCAUCCUCCUGGAUUCCUGAAACCUGCCCCCAGCCUGUGGGGGGUGGGGGUGACAGGGGAGGGUGCUGAUCAAUGACACAGCAGAUCACUUGGGAACCACCCCACACCCCCGGGGGAGUGGGGAACGGACUAAUCUCCUUGUGUUGAAGGUGAUUUUUGAAUGUUUGUUUAUUGCCUCUGUCCCUUCUCUGUAUUUGUUUACCUCGUUCUCUUAUCUGGAUCACACUGGAAUUCAGCAGCUUUCACACUGCUGCAGCCCUGAUGUUUUACCUGCUCUGUCACGUUUAAUGUGUUUUAAUUAAUUAAUUAUUUUAUUCAAUUAGUUAUUUUCUUUUCCAUAUUUUAUUAAUCUUUCCACAAAUUCCUGUACUAAUUUAAACCGUAGGAAUACAACUUAACCACUCACCAGCUGCUUAUCGGAUACUUACCAAAGAAUUAGCUUCUUCCUCUGUAGUAGAGCAAGAACCAACUCCGACAGGGUGGAAUAGUUAGAAAAAGCAAAGGAGCACCUCCUUCCCCUAACUCCCUCAACUCACCAAACUCCAGCACUCUGUUUAAAGUCGCAUCGCAGGCGGUGUCUGAAUUUAUACUUUCCUACACUAAUGGGAAUAGCUGAGUCCAGGAACAGAAAAACCAGUUGAAGUUAGUUUCCUGAAUUAACUAUCUGCAGCUGCUCCCCAGUGGGUGGCUUGUUUCUCCCUGGAUGAGAUUUGCAAUAUAAACAGUACGUUCAGGUAAAUGUUUAAUUUUUUUUGUUUUUGUUUUGAUAUUUUUCCUCAUUUAUUCCCAAUUGCCAUUGAGCGAGAAGGAAGUGGAAAUGCAAGGAACAGAACAUUGUGUCACACAGUGAGAUACUGUAUAGUGUACAGAUGUCUUCUGUCUGCAUUGUCAGCCUAUUCUCUGGGUUGUCAGCCUGUUAUUCUCUACGUUGUGUAGUGUUAAUCUGUAUUCUGUAUAUACUUUAAUGUCAAUCCGUGUUCUGUUCAUACUUUAAUGUAAAUCCAUGUUCUGUAUAUACUUUAGUGUUAAUCUGUGUUCUGUACAUACUUUAAUGUAAAUCCGUGUUCUGUAUAUACUUUAAUGUAAAUCCGGUUCUGUAUAUAUUUUAAUGUAAAUCUGUGUUCUGUGUAUACUUUAAUGUCAAUCUAUUUCUUCAUUGACAACAAUUAAUUGAAACUGAUGUGCUGGAGGCAGUGGACUAUCCCAAUGGAAUCAUUAAAACAAGAAAAGUUAUCAGAAAAUAAAGAAGAGUUGAAUUUCAACAA